UUUCUUCCUCUUUUAAUUGAACCUUGCAAUUACCCCAUAAAUUACCACAUACGGAGCAAAAGAAAAAGGCAUCCUGCGGCACGCGAAGCGAAGCGCAGCAGCGACCGCGGACAGCACACAGCAGCAGCCGCUCAGCACUUACUGUUCAGCCUGGUGGUGCUUAAUUUCUGAUUGAUCUAUUUGUUUUGUGCCGGAAAAGGACAUUUUCUUGCUGUAGCAGACGUAUUUUUGUCCAUUAUUUUGUACUUUUUGGGGAUACACAUGGCUGGAAUUUUGCCUGGGGAGUCAUCUCAUCAUGUCACGUCUGAUGGUGGGUCUUCAAGAAAUUCUCUAGAUAGGCAAGAGGAUGUUGGUCGUUGGUAUUUGUCAAGAAAGGAAAUUGAAGAAAAUUCCCCUUCAAGAAGAGAUGGGACUGACCUGAAGAAAGAAACAUAUUUACGCAAGUCGUACUGCACAUUUUUGCAGGAUUUGGGCAUGAGGCUAAAAGUGCCCCAGGUAACCAUUGCCACAGCAAUAAUAUUUUGUCAUCGGUUUUUCCUUCGUCAAUCACAUGCCAAGAAUGACAGAAGGACAAUUGCAACUGUAUGUAUGUUCCUGGCCGGGAAGGUUGAAGAAACUCCUCGUCCGCUUAAAGAUGUUAUUCUCGUCUCUUAUGAGAUAAUUCACAAAAAAGAUCCGGCUGCUGCCCAGAGGAUCAAACAGAAGGACGUAUAUGAGCAACAAAAAGAGCUAAUUUUACUUGGAGAGAGGGUGGUACUUGCCACUUUGGGUUUUGACCUCAAUGUUCACCACCCCUAUAAGCCCCUUGUUGAAGCUAUAAAGAAGUUCAAGGUUGCUCAGAAUGCCCUUGCUCAAGUUGCAUGGAAUUUUGUUAAUGAUGGUCUGAGAACAUCGCUCUGCCUGCAAUUUAAGCCUCAUCACAUUGCGGCAGGUGCCAUUUUCCUUGCUGCCAAGUUCCUCAAAGUGAAGCUUCCAUCGGAUGGUGAGAAGGUCUGGUGGCAAGAAUUUGAUGUCACCCCACGUCAAUUGGAGGAAGUUAGUAAUCAAAUGCUAGAACUCUAUGAGCAAAACAGAGUGCCCCCAUCCCAAGGUAGUGAAGUGGAAGGAAGUGUUGGCAGUGGGCCAAGUCAUCGGGCCCCGACGAAAGCUCCAUCCAUGACCGAGGAACAAGCUUCAAAGCAGAUUUCAUCUCGUCUAGUGUCAGAUCUUUCAUCUGGUGACAAUUACGGCUUGCAGGCAAGAGGUUUGCAAAAUCAAGGUAAUGAAAAUGGCAGUGCGGAGCUGGGUAGUGUUAUUACCGAACACAAGGUGGAUGUAGAAAUUAAAGAUGCUCAGCAACCUGAGCAUUUGCCCCAAAAGGAUAACAUCAGAGAAGUUCCAAAUAGAUCCAAGGUGGGGGGGACAGAGCGACCUGGGGGUGAAGAUCAAGAAAGGAAUAAUGGGAGGAAUGAGACUGCAGAACCAGGAGAGUGGAGGGAUGAUGAUGCUUCACGAAAGUCCAGCAGUAUGGUUGGUCGAAAUUUGGAGCUCCGUGAAGGUCCCCUUGGCCAGUCACCCAAAGAAGCUAUGAAGAUGAUUGACAAGGACAAGCUUAAGGCUGCACUUGAGAAAAGAAGGAAGUCCCGUGGGGAAAUUACACGGAAGAAAGAUGUGAUGGAUGAGGAUGAUCUCAUUGAGAGGGAACUAGAAGACGGGGUUGAAUUGGCAGCAGAAGAUGAGAAAAACAAGCGUGAUAGAAGGCAAAGCUGGUCAAAAUCUGAGAAUUUAGAUCAUGGGAAGGACCAUGAGGAAGUUGGAGUGGGAAACCACUCGGCAAUAAAGGGCCAGUCAUCAAGGGGGUCGCAAGUAGAGAAUGCCGAAGAGGGAGAGAUGUUAGAUGAUGCUUCUCCUAUGUUGAACAGCCGUAAGAGAAAAGCUGGGAGCCCACUGGACAGGCAGUUGGAGGGGAAGAAGCGGCAUGAUUACAUACCAAGUUAUCACCACGACUCUAUAGAAGAUGGACACAGGAUGAGUCGUGUUGGUUAUGCAGAUCGGGAGCACAGAAGGCAUUCACAGGAGAAUAAUUUGUGAGUGAUAAGGUGCUCUCUAUGUACUUGCCAGGUUAGUACGAUCUGAUAGUCAGUUCACCCUAUAAAUAUUAGUAUGUGUUUGGUUUGGAUUAUCAUGCAAGCCAAUAUAUGUCGUACUAGAUAUCAAGGGAUGAAGAGGAUGCUUCAAUUUUCAUGACGGCGGGGCUGCUAAGAAAGUAAAGAUGGAAGUGUCAUUUAUGUAGUCAGCAUGAAGAAUUAAGUCCAGAUCUGAGCCUCCCCGGCAAAUGAUUUUACAAACCGUGCUAUUCAAGAGUGAGGAAUGUAGUUUUUUUGCCACAUUUUUGGAGAACAUAUUAUUUGUCAGUUAACGUGACAGUAAUUAUAUCAAACACCUGCAAUUUAAAGUGUCUCGAUCCUGGUUACCAAGACACAAAUUGUUACAUCCA